CCUCCCCAGUCACCUCCCUACUUUCCACUUCCCCUGAGUGAACCGUCCUGAAUCCCCUCCCUUAGUCCCCCUGCCCGCCCAGACAUGGCAGAGAAUGAUGUGGACAACGAGCUCUUGGACUAUGAAGAGGAUGAGGUGGAGACCGCAGCGGGGGGAGAUGGAACUGAGGCCCCUGCCAAGAAGGACGUCAAGGGUUCCUACGUCUCCAUCCACAGCUCUGGUUUCCGGGACUUCCUGCUCAAACCAGAGUUACUCCGGGCCAUUGUUGACUGUGGCUUUGAGCAUCCAUCAGAAGUCCAGCAUGAGUGUAUCCCGCAGGCCAUUCUGGGCAUGGAUGUCCUGUGCCAGGCCAAGUCCGGCAUGGGAAAGACAGCGGUGUUUGUGCUAGCCACAUUGCAACAGCUGGAGCCAGUCACUGGGCAGGUGUCUGUGCUGGUGAUGUGUCACACUCGAGAGUUGGCAUUUCAGAUAAGCAAGGAAUAUGAGCGCUUCUCUAAAUACAUGCCCAAUGUCAAGGUCGCAGUGUUUUUUGGUGGUCUUUCUAUCAAGAAGGAUGAAGAGGUGCUGAAGAAGAACUGCCCGCAUAUCGUCGUGGGAACUCCAGGCCGCAUCCUAGCCUUGGCUCGAAAUAAGAGCCUCAACCUCAAACACAUCAAACACUUUAUCUUGGAUGAAUGUGAUAAGAUGCUUGAACAGCUCGACAUGCGUCGGGAUGUCCAGGAAAUUUUUCGCAUGACCCCCCAUGAGAAGCAGGUCAUGAUGUUCAGUGCUACCUUGAGCAAAGAGAUCCGCCCAGUGUGCCGCAAGUUCAUGCAAGACCCAAUGGAGAUCUUCGUGGAUGAUGAGACGAAGCUGACGCUGCAUGGAUUGCAGCAGUACUACGUGAAACUGAAGGACAACGAGAAGAACCGGAAGCUCUUUGACCUUCUGGAUGUCCUUGAGUUCAACCAGGUGGUGAUCUUUGUGAAGUCUGUGCAACGCUGCAUUGCCCUGGCCCAGCUCCUGGUGGAGCAGAACUUCCCAGCCAUUGCCAUCCACCGUGGGAUGCCCCAGGAAGAAAGGCUAUCUCGGUAUCAGCAGUUUAAAGAUUUUCAACGACGAAUUCUUGUGGCAACCAACCUGUUUGGUCGAGGCAUGGAUAUUGAGCGGGUGAAUAUCGCCUUUAACUAUGACAUGCCUGAGGAUUCAGAUACCUACCUGCAUCGGGUGGCCAGAGCUGGCAGGUUUGGUACUAAGGGUUUGGCCAUCACGUUUGUGUCAGAUGAAAACGAUGCCAAGAUCCUCAAUGAUGUGCAGGAUCGAUUUGAGGUCAAUAUCAGUGAACUGCCUGAUGAGAUUGACAUCUCCUCCUAUAUUGAACAGACGCGGUAGAGGAUCCACCCACCUCUUCGGGGACGAGUCUGUCCCUCUUCGGGAGACACCAGGUGUGGGAUAAAGGAGACACUACUGCCACCUAUUCCUGAGAGCCCCCAAGCCCCAGUCCUUGGAUUCCCUGUUUUGCAUCAUCACCACUCCUGAGCUCCCAUUUCCUGAUUUGUCAGAUCUUUUUUUUAACAAAACUAAAAAACACAUGUGUCUGUGGUGUCUGUAA